GUCGACAUAGAAGGAAAAUUGUUUGCUGAAUUUCUGCACAGCCCUCCUUCCAAUUGCUGGAGAGAGAGGGGGAGUGAGAAAGAGAGAGAGUUUAAGGCAGGCUCUGCACUGGUGUUCUGGGCUAUUUCAACUUCAGGGCAACUUUAGAGAACUUCAGUUAUUUUUGGUUCUGGACGACAGCUGAGACCAGCCGAGCCUCCGGGAGAUGCUGAUGCUGAUGCGGAUGCAGAGGAUGAAGAUUCUGUUAAUGAAGUGGCAGUAGAAGACAUCCGUCCAAGGCCACAAGGAUCCUCUCCAGUUUAUGAAUAUUCCAUAGAAGAAGAAUAUUUAAAGCUUCAAGAAGAAAACAAAAAAUAUUCUACAGACAAAUCAAAACAGAGUCAUCCGCAGGAGACAAUGGAAGUGACCCUGAAAACGGAAGUGGAAGCUGGUGCUAGUGGUUUUAGUGUGAUGGGUGGAGGAAAUGAAGGAAUAUUUAUUAAAAAAGUACUUAAGGAAUCUUCUGCUUCGAAAAUAUUUAGUCUGAGAGAAGGUGAUCAGCUUCUAAGUGCUACAAUAUUUUUCGAUAAUAUCAAAUAUGAAGAUGCACUCAAGAUUCUCCAAUAUUCUGAGCCAUACAGAGUCCAAUUCAGCCUCAAAAGAAAAAUUGCUGGGAAAGAAGAGCUAGAACACAUUCACUCUGCAGCCCAGUACGAAAAGGAAAGAUUAAGCCGGGAAAAGGAACUCAGUGAGAGCAUUCCUGAAGAAACACUGCAUAUUUCAGGAAAAGCCAUUUCAGAAGAAGACAGGGAAACAUUAAUUGUAAGCCAAAGGGUAGGAAGAAGCAAGAGACCUAAAAAAGAUAGAUUAUCAUGGCCAAAAUUCCAGUCAAUUAAAAACAAAAAGAUACUGGGGCACAGAAGAUCUCAUAGUACAUCAGAUGCAUAUGAGCCUGCUAUACAGGAUAUUUCCCCGACAAGCACAGACACAGAGUCUCAAUUUCAACAAGAAGUCCAUAUCAAAGAAAAAAAAGGAAGCCAAAAGAAACUGAAGUUCCCUAGCAUUGGAUUCAAAAUGCACAGGUCCAAACAAGAAACACAAGACAAGCAAAAAAAAGAAAUAAAAACUACACUGUUAUCUGAAAGCGAAAAAAUACCUAAAGAUAUCAGCCUGGAAAAUCCUGAAAUACUAACAGUUGAAUACACCUCAUCUCCUGCUUAUGAAAUUAAAACAGGGGAGGUACAUGAAACUGUAACGCAAGACUUAAAAGAUAUGAAAAAUGGCAUUCCAUCUCAUGCAAAAAAAUGCCCUGAAGUUGAAAUAAGCAUUAAAAAAGAAAAAGACAAGGAAUCAACAUCAAAAUUUACUGUACCUGAAGUACCAGCUAUAACAACACAGAUAUCAAAGCCCAGUUUAGAAACACCUGCUCUGAAAGAAAGCCCAACUAAACAAGCCUCAUCAAAAUCCCGAAAAAAGAAACAGAAAGGAACAGCAGAUAAAACAGAAGGAGAAAGUGAAGUUAACAUAGACAUGACGGGUCACACAGCACAAGGAUCUAUACAGGUAAAAGGUCUAGAAAUAGGCACUGCUAAAGCAGAAUUACACACAACAUCUGACACACUGGAAACAGGAGAAAAACAAGCAGAAGACAACACACACAUACAAACAAUUCAGAAGACAAAAUUUGGGAUUUCAAUGCCCAAAAGAAAGGAACCAGGGACUGAAAACACCAAACCGGGAAGUGAUGUUCCACAUUCAGUACCAGAAACAACAGCUGAUACAAGUUCAGAGGAUGGCAGGUAUUUGGACGUGAAACCUCAAAUGCCUGAUGAAGAAUCAGAAGUGUCUACCUGGAAAAUACAAAUGCCAUCAUUCAAAAUGGCCAAAACACCUAAAGCUGACAUGAAAAUAUCACGAGAAGAAAGCACAGUUGAAUCACUAGAUACUGUGAAAAAGGCACAGACAGAAGAAGAUGGCAUGCCCACGACAGAUAAAACCUUGAAGAUGGACAUGGGCAUGAAGGCAGGAGAAAAGGAUAUAGAGGUAAAAGAAAGCAAGUUCAGACUGCCAAAGUUUAAAUUACCUACAUUUACCUGGGCAACUACAAAGGAUGAGACAGGGCAAACUGAAAGUCAGGUAGGCGAGAGGGAAGGAAAAGGGCCAUGCCUAGAAGUGGCUGCAAAAACAGCCAUGAGUGAAUCAGCAGAACAAAUGAAGAUUUCAAAUGCUGAAAUUGAAAUUGGGAUCUUGAAAGGAAAAAUCAAUGAAAAGGAUGUAAGAAAAUUGACAGAAGUCCAGCUGCCAAGUCCUAAAAAUCUAAAUGCAAAAAAGUCCUCAAUGGAGAAUAAUUUGGAAGAGACAGAAGUAGAAAUACUGAUUACAAAACCUGAUAUUGAAAUACAAAAGGGUGAACUCAGUAUAUCAUCAAAGGAAACAGAAGAAAUGGCUCAAACCAUGAUAGCUACAGGGAAGGGCGCUAUGCAGGCCCUCAAAGCCGACAUCCCCGGCACCAAAGCCGAAGGGGCCGGCUGGAAGGUGGAGAAGCCCUCCCUCAAAAUGCCCAAAGCUGACAUCAAAGCUCCCAAGGUGGACAUCAGCCUCCCGUCCGUCGACGUCACCCUUCCAAAGGCCAGCGUCGACCUGCAGGCGCCCGAGGCGGCCCUCACCCUCGAAGGGGAAGCAAAAGCCCCAGAGAAGGAGGCCGCGAAGACCAAGGACGGCAAGUUCAAGAUGCCCAAGUUCGGCAUGCCUUCCUUUGGCUGGUCCAGCAGCAGAGAGGCCAAGGGCACCGUGGCCGCUGAUGUGGACGUCAGCCUCAAGGAGCUCAAAGCCGACAUCCCCGGCACCAAAGCCGAAGGGGCCGGCUGGAAGGUGGAGAAGCCCUCCCUCAAAAUGCCCAAAGCUGACAUCAAAGCUCCCAAGGUGGACAUCAGUCUCCCGUCCGUCGACGUCACCCUUCCAAAGGCCAGCGUCGACCUGCAGGCGCCCGAGGCGGCCCUCACCCUCGAAGGGGAAGCAAAAGCCCCAGAGAAGGAGGCCGCAAAGACCAAGGACGGCAAGUUCAAGAUGCCCAAGUUCGGCAUGCCUUCCUUUGGCUGGUCCAGCAGCAGAGAGGCCAAGGGCACCGUGGCCGCUGAUGUGGACGUCAGCCUCAAGGAGCCCCAAGUGACGGUGCCCGCGGGAACCGCCGAAGUCAACGUGACCCUGCCCGCAGCCGAGAUCCAAGUGCCCACUUUUGAAGUUUUCACAGAUUCCUCUUCUGGAAAAGAGGAUGAGAUGGGCAAUGUCGGAUCCAAACUUCCUGACACUAAGGGAGAUAGUGGCUCUAAAAAUACAAAAUUCAGAAUUCCUAGCUUGGGUUUCUCCAAAGUUGAUAUUGGUUCUUCUAAAAUUGAACAGGAUUCCCCAUUAGUAAAAGGGGAUAUUACUCUUACUAAAUAUCAAAUGAAUCUAGCAGAAUCUGAAUCAAAAAUAUCAUGUCUUGCUGAUGAGAAUCUUUCAGUAACAGAUUUCGAAAUUUUAAAUGAAGAUGGUUCUUUGGAGCAAGGAAGUCUGAAGCCAGGAGGGAAAACACCAGCUGCUGAAAUAUCUGUGGGUGACACAGAGUUUACAGUUAAAAUUCCUAAAUUCCGAAAACCAAAAUUUGGAAUUUCUUGGUCUAAGGGAAAACCAUCAGAAAGUGACGUUGGUUCCAAAGUGGAAUCUGAAAUUUCAAAGGGAAGGAUAACACAUAAUAUGACUGAUACUGAUAUUGAAAAACCAACUCAGAUCUCUGAUGCUGAAUUAGGUGUAAAGAUGGGCAAGCCUUCACAUGAAAUUGUUCUGGAUGCACCAAACUUGGAUGUCAGUCUCCCAUCAAUGGAAGUUACCAUGCCAAAACUAGAAGUGGAAAUCCAUGGCCCAGAUUUAGAGUGCAAGGUAGAUCAGGAGGUAGUUUCAGGAGAGAAAGACACUGAGGAGAAAGAAAAUAAAUUUAAAACGUCAAAAUUCAAACUGCCUUCAUUUAGUUGGUCACCAAAAAAAGAAGCUGUUGCUCCUUCUGAAGUUGAGGUACAUCUGGAAGAACCCACUUUGUCUACUUUAUCUGGAGACACAGAAUCUGAAUUAACAUUUCCUACCCCUGAGAAUCAAUACCUUCACGGGGAAUUUGAUACAUCAAUAGAAAAAGAUGGUGAAAAGGGCAGAAACAAGAAGUCCCAAUUUACUAUGCCAAAGAUCUCAUUCCCUAAAAUUAAGGGUCAAAAAGUCCAGGUGUCUCUGCCCGUACUGGAAACUGACAUUUGUGGUCCCAAACAAGACAAAGAAGGUGUUUCAAUACAGAAAUCUGAGAAAGGGAGUAGUGGAGAAGGGGCAGGAAUGGGCAUAAAAAUGCCAAAGGUUACAGUCCUGACUUCGGAAUUUUCCAAACCAGAAGUCAAAGCUCCCAAAAUAGACAUGGAUGUUAGCAUGCCUACAGGUGAGGUCAUACUUCCUACAUGUGAAGAAGAUGACCUGACAUUGAAAUCAGAUGCUGCUAAUGCCAGCCUCUCCACCUCAGUUGUUAAGAUGAUAACUGAAGGCUCCCUUGAGGUGAAGAGUCCUGACACAAGUGUUGAAAGAACAUCAAGUGAAAUUGCUGUGGGUGAUAUAGAGAUAAAAAUUGAAGGUCCUGAAGGGAAAACAAAAAUGUCUAAAUUCCAAAUGCCAAAGUUUGGAAUGAUACAUUCUAAAGGGAAAGGGUCAGAAAAAGAGGUCAGCCAAUCCAAAUCAGAAGUCAAGGUUCCCCAACUAAAAGCAAUGGUAGAAAUAACUGACAUGGCUGUGGAAGGACCAAAUUUGGAGGUGGAAUGUGGUACAGGAACAGAAACGUACAGCCCUAAAGUCAAAAUGACCAAAGCUGACAAUAAGGCAUCAGAGGCUGAUGUUCACCUCCCAUCAGCUGACAUUUCCAUUCCAAAACCAGACAGUGAUAUUCAGGAUUCAGAUGUAGCACUAAAAAUCAAAGGGGAAAUAAAGCAAGAUGGAGAUGGAGAAGAGAAAGAAGGACAUUUCAAAAAGCCAAAAUUCAAACUUCCAUCCUUCAGUUGGUCACCAAAGAAGGAAGCAAGUGUUAAACCAGAUUCUGGAGCAAAUCUGGAAGAUCAUAAACUUGCUGUAAUGUCAAGCAGAAUAGACACAGAAGUGAGAGGAACUGCAACUGAUGAUCAAGGUACUGGGCCAGCCCUUGACCUAGAAAUAUCCGUUGAACAAAAAAGUCCAGUUAAAAAGCCUCAAUUUGUCAUGCCUAAAAUUUCACUCUCCAAGAUCAAGGUUCCCAAAUCUCAGACUCAUUCACCAAAAGCUGAAACUGAUGCUACUAUUCCUAAAACAGAAAGAGAGGGUGUUGAUUCAAUACAGACACCUGAUAUAGAAAGAAGUCAUUCUGAAAGGACAGAAGAAGGGGCACAAAUAAGCAUAAAACUGGCUGAUGUUGAUAUCCCCACCCUGGAGUUUUCCAAAAUAGAAACUGGAGCCUCCCAAACUGAAAUGGGAGUCAGCUCAGCAAAGAUUGAUGCUGUUCUGCCUCCCUCAGAGGGGAGUUUUCAACAGGUUGUCCUAAAAUCAAGUUCUACUGAUGAAGAUACGAUUCAAAAAACAGGUAUUAAGUUCCCCAGAGGAGAAGCUUCAGUUGAACUGAGGAGCCCUGAAAUAGUAACAGAAAGAACAUCAGUUGUGGAUGGAAGAAAGAUAAAAUUGGAAGGUCCUGAAGGGAAGAUUAAAAUGCCCAAAUUCCAGAAGCCAAAGUUUGGAAUCUCCCUGACAAAAGGGAAAGUCCCAGAGACAGAGAUCAGCUCUCCAAAAAUAGAAGCUGAGCUACCCCAGCUAAAAAUGACAAACGAAAUUGCUGACAUUGCUGUGGGAGUUCCAGCGUCAGAACUUACAUCUGAUAUGUCAGAUCCUGGAGUAGGUGUUUUCGCUGAAAUUACUAUUGGAAAAGAAGGGAUUCCAAAAUUAGGAGAUUCUGUGAAGAGUUCUGAUGUUAGCUUGUCAAAGAUAGAAGGAGAUACUUUAUUAUCCACAGAAAGAACAGAUAGUAGAGUGAAUAUUCCAAAAACUGAAACAUACGCAGACAUAGUUAAGCAUGGUGCUGAAGGACAAAAAAUGCAUACUUCAGAAUUCACAGUGUCUUCAGCAGAAUUGUCUAAAUCAUACCUCAGUACUUCAGAAAUUGACAAAGACAACAGUUUAACAAAUAGGUUUCCUACGUGUACUCUGACUCUUCAAGAGCAUAAAGUCAAAUCACAGGUUAUAGAAGUCCCAAAGGUAGAAAGUUCCACUAAGUUAGAGACUUCAGGAAUAGGAUGUAAACAACUGUCAGCUGAAAUUACUCUGGAUGCAACACAGGAGAAAAUAGAUGUUAGUCUUCCAAAGGAAGAGCUAGAUAUUCAAAAUCAAGAGGCAGUUAUUAAAAAAGGAAAGAUAAAGGGUGAGAUGAAAAUUAUAGGAAAAGACAGUGAAGGAAGCCAAUUAAAAAGACCUACGUGUGAAUUGUCUACAGCAAAGGGAUCAGAAGAUGGUGCUUAUGUUACAGCUAAGCUGGAAGAUCUAAAGGUAGAAGUUCCAGGAGUGAAGAUGGAUGUUAAAACUGCUAGAGUAGAUCCUGAAAUGAAAUUUCAAGUGAAAAGUGUUGAAAAGGACAUGUCUGCAGGGGUGGAAGUGCAAGUAGAAGAUAAAGCAGAAACAAGUAAAAUUAAAACAUACAAGUUUAAGAUUCCAAAGUUCGGAGUGUUGCAUUCAGAAGUGAAGGGUUUUGAAGACUAUAUCAAUUUGACAAAGUCAGAAGCUGAUUCAGUAUCUAAAACUGAAAUAGGCGUAGCAGAAAUGCAGUUUCAAAAAUCAGAAGGAUCUAUUGGCCUGAAAAGUCCAGCUCUAGAUCAUACGGAAGCAUCUGCCAGAGUAACAGUGGAAACAGCGGACAAAUCACAAGGUGGCCCAGAAGUAAAUAUAAAAAUUCCCAAACUAAAAAUACCAAGAUUCACUUUCAAAGCUCUCCCAAUUGAAACUGAUGUUUCAGUGUCAAAAGUGGUAACAGAUCCAAAGGGAUCUAGUACUGACAUUGAAGUAGUGCAACUGCAAGCAAGCUCUGCUACCCCUGAAGAAACACCAGAGGCUCUAGAGGGUGGUAUUCAAAAAGCAAAAAGCAAAAUUCUAACACUGACUGAACCUGACAUUAAAACAGCACAGAUGACUACUACCAUAGAGUCCUCCUUUUCAAGUGCAGGGCAAGACAUUCAUUGGUCAUAUGUAGAGGGCCAAGAAGUGAGUGAGAAAGUAGAACCUGAACAUGUUGCUAUUGAAAGGUGUGAGAUUUACACUACUGAAAUACUGAAAGAAUCAGGGAUUCUCUCAUCAGAAGUCAAAACUGCUACUUUGGGAUUCUCAUUGCUCAAGGUGAAGUUGCCUGAAUCACAUAGUAACUUAGAAGUGCUAGUCCAGCAGCCAUCUUUGACAGAAGGUGUAUCAGUGAGCAAACCUAAAUGUGCUGAUGAAAGCUUCGGAGUAGCAGCACAGAGGACUGGCAGUGCCGAGCUUAAACUAUCUGACAAACCACACGGUGAGACUGAAGAAUCUAGUGGAGAAGUAAGUUUGCCAAAGUUAAAAACAUUUGCUGUUGAAGUAAAGCCUUCCAGUAAACUUGAAGAGAGUCUUCCUGAUAAGUCACCAGAGGGAAUAACUGCAGGUCCUCUCUCUAAAGAUGAGGAUGUAGCUGAAGCACUAGAAGAUGAAGAAAAAGACAUAACCAAUGAAAAAGAAAAGACUGAUAGUAAAAGAUCUCCUGGAAAAUUCAAAUUUUGGCUUCCAAGUAUUGGCUUUUCAUCUUCUGGUGAGGAAACAAGCGCAGAUUCAAAAACAGAAGUAAAAAAAUCAGUUCCAGAAGAUGUGAAACCUGCUGACACAUCAGAUAACGAUUCUUCUCAGCAAACUGAAAAAACUGGAUGGUUUAGAUUUCCCAAGCUUGGUUUCACAUCUCCUUCCAAAAAGGCUAAGACUGUUGACAAAGAAGAGAUGGAUCAUAAAGAAGGAAGAAUCUCAGAUGAAGAUAGCCCAUCAGAUAAACCUGAUGUAUUUUUUGAUGCACAAGAAAGUUUAUCACCUAAAGAAACAAAGGGUGGAAAAGUUGAAAUUGAUGGGGCCUCAUCUGAUGUUCCAGUUUCUCGAACCAUUGUGACAUCUUCAGCAAGAACUGAACUGAUCUUGUUGGAGGAAGAAAAAGAUAGUCAGUCUAAUAUUCCUGAAGAUACAGCCAAAUGA